AUGGUUCUUGAGGCUACCUUGCUAGUUUUGGAUAAUUCGGAAUGGAUGCGUAAUGGUGACUAUACACCAACACGUUUAGAAGCACAAAAAGAUGCAGUUAAUCUCAUUUUUGGAUCAAAAACAAAUUCUAAUCCGGAGAAUACUGUAGGCCUACUUACCAUGGCCGGUAAAGGUCCCGAAGUACACGUUACUUUAACAUCAGAUAUAGGUAAAAUUCUUACUGCAUUACAUAACAUAAAAAUUGGUGGAAAAGCAAAUUUGACGACUGGAAUACAAAUUGCGCAGCUUGCUCUCAAACACAGGCAGAACAAGAAUCAACGACAAAGAAUUGUAGUAUUUGUAGGUAGUCCUAUCGAAACCGAUGAGAAAACUUUGGUAAAAUUAGCUAAAAAGAUGAAAAAGAAUAGUGUAGCUGUGGAUAUCAUCAAUUUUGGAGAGGAAGCUGAAAAUACUGCGAAAUUAGAAGCUUUUAUAUCAGCAGUGAAUAGCGGAGAUAACAGGCAAAUUUUCUGUCAUCUUGUAUCAAUACCACCUGGUCCGCAUAUUCUUAGUGAAAUCUUAAUAUCAUCCCCCAUAAUAGCAGGCGAAGAUGGUGUUCCUGCUGGAUUUGCAGCUGGUGGUGGGGGCAACUUUGAGUUUGGAGUUGACCCUUACCUUGAACCUGAAUUGGCGUUGGCUUUACGUAUUUCACUUGAUGAAGAAAAGGCAAGACAGGAGGCAGAAGCAGCUAAAGCUGCAGGUUCUGCAAAUGCCGCUCAAGAAACACAACCAACUUCAAUGGAUGUUGAUAAAGCUGUUGGGGGAGGCGAUCAUCAAAAUGAUAAAACUGAAGAAGACAUGCUGGCUCAAGCACUAGCUAUGUCUUCUACGGGCGACUCUCGUGAAGGAGAUGUUCAAAUGGAAGAGCUUACCGAAGACGAGCAAUUCGCUCGAGCGAUUCAAAUGUCAAUGGAAGGAAAUUCCGGAAUUCAUAAUCAAGAAUUUAUGAAUGCGGUUCUUCAAUCUCUUCCAGGAGUAGAUUUAUCUGAUCCACAGAUUCAAAAUGCUCUCCAAGGG